AUGAUGUUCAAAGCUCUCCUUACCCUCAGCACGGUGGUUCCCGCCGUGGUGGCCUCCCCAGCAUUUCACCUGCACCAGAAACGGUCCGAACUCGAGACGUUUAUUCAGAACGAGAAGCCUGUCGCUCACCAGGGGAUCCUCAACAAUAUUGGCGCCGAUGGCAAGCUUGUUCCAGGAGCCUAUCCGGGGAUCGUUGUUGCCUCGCCUACCAACGGUGAUCCCACGAACUACUUCUACACCUGGACCCGUGACGCAGCAUUGACUCUUCUGGACCUGAUCCAUGACUUCCUCGGAGGCGAUUCGUCUCUGGAGCCACUUAUUCAACAAUAUAUCACCGCGCAGGCUAAGCUCCAGCGUGUACCCAACCCCUCUGGAACUCUAUCGGAUGGCUCUGGCUUGGGUGAACCCAAGUUUAAUGUCAACAUCACGGCCUUCACUGGGUCCUGGGGUCGCCCCCAGCGCGAUGGCCCAGCUCUGCGCGCCCUAGCCCUGAUCGACUAUGGAAAUUACCUGAUUAGCCAAGGCAAGCAAUCGAAGGUCCAGGAUAAUAUCUGGCCUAUUGUCCAGAAUGAUCUUUCUUAUGUCGGUCAGUACUGGAACCAGACUGGUUUCGAUCUGUGGGAAGAGGUUGACGCUUCCUCUUUCUUUACCACCGCUGCACAGUAUAAAUCCUUGAUCCAGGGACGUGUCUUUGCUACCGCUCUUGGCUAUCAAUGUGAAGCUUGUGCUCUCGCUCCUCAGAUCCUCUGUCAUCUCCAAGAUUACUGGAAUGGCACAGCAGUGAUCUCCAAUAUUCCCACCAAUGGCCGUACCGGCCUAGAUGUUAACUCUGUCCUGGCCACUCUAUACACCUUUGACUCCGCUGCAGCAACCUGUGACGAUACCACCUUCCAGCCUUGCUCUGCCCGCGCCUUGUCUAACCACAAGCUUCUCGUCGACUCUUUCCGUGGCAUCUACGGCGUGAACAAGGGUCGGACCGCCGGACAAGCCGCAGCCGUGGGCCGAUAUGCCGAGGAUGUUUAUUUCGGGGGCAACCCCUGGUACCUGGCCACUCUGGCCGCCGCCGAACAACUCUACGACGCUCUCUACCAGUGGGACAAACAAGGCCGCGUCAGUGUGACUGGUGUCUCUCUGCCAUUUUUCCACGAUUUGGUGGCUAACGUGACUACCGGCACGUACACCAAAGGGUCUACCAAGUACUCAGAAAUUACUGGUGCUGUCAGGACCUACGCCGAUGGCUUUGUCUCCAUCGUGCAGGAGUAUACCCCAGCUGAUGGAGGGUUGAAUGAACAGUUUGACCGAAACACCGGUGCGCCCGUCUCAGUCCAGCACCUUACCUGGUCAUACGCUGCAUUCCUCACUGCUGUUGCGAGACGUGCUGGUGACGUGCCUCCUACUUGGGGCGUGGCUUCUCCGCCUCCGAUGCCAAGCCAGUGUGCCCGUUCCUCUGUCCCAGGUACUUAUGUCACACCUACGCCGUCCCCGUGGUAA